ACACAAAGCAAAUGGAUUGAGGGGAAAUCUGUGUCAUAACAAAAACUUAAUUUGCCAUUUUUCAUGUUACGUCAUCUGAACAAAAAGUUAACAAUCUUGUUUUAUGUGAAACUUUCUUACUUUUGAGUGACUAGUGACCUUCAAAGCCAUGCACUCCGCCUCGGAUUUAAAGGCCACCGCUUAAAGGUACAGUGCUAAACUCCUGGAAGGUGGUGUGGGUGGUGCUGUCAGAUGAUGGGGUGGAAUUCUAUAAAAAGAAAACAGACAGUUCUCCAAAAGGAAUGAUCCCACUAAAGGGAGCCACGCUCAUCAAUCCUUGCCAGGAUUUUGGCAAGAGGACGCUGGUUUUCAAGAUCACCACAGAGAAGAAGCAGGACCACUUCUUCCAAGCCUCACAUGUGGAGGAGAGAGAGUUUUGGGUGAAGGACAUGAAGAGAGCCAUUACCUGCCUACAGGGGGGAAAAAAGUUUGCCAGGAAGUCCACAAGACGCUCCAUUCGCCUGCCUGAAACGAUCAACCUAGCUGAGCUGUACACCCUGAUGAAAGACCAGGAUGAUGGAGUGAAAGAGUUAAAACUGGAGCAGGAGAAUCGAGUCUUCAACCACUGCUUCACUGGUGCGACAGUGGUAGAGUGGCUGAUUUCAAAGGAGAAAGUAAGAAAUAGGCCCGAGGCCCUCAUGUUAGCAACAGGGCUCCUGAAUGAGGGUUUUCUCCAGCCUGCGGGUGACCUGUCAAAAGCAGGAGCAGAAAGUGGAGAGCAAACGGCCUUCUUAGAUGAGUCAAAUGCUCUUUAUUACUUUGCAGACAGUGGGUUCUUCUGUGAAGGCUACUCCAGCGAUGAAGAUGUGCUUAUGAAGGAAGAAUUCAGAGGAAACAUCAUAAAACAGGGCUGUUUACUUAAACAGGGACAUAGAAGAAAAAACUGGAAGGUGCGAAAAUUCAUACUGCGGGAUGACCCUGCUUAUAUGCAUUAUUAUGAUCCUGCAAAGGGUGAUGACCCUCUGGGCUCCAUCCAUCUCCGUGGGUCUGUGGUGACAGCUGUGGAGCAUGUGCCUGAUGCCAAAAAAUAUGACGUUGAUGGCAACCUCUUUGAGAUCAUCACCUCAGAUGAAACUCACUACUUCCUCCAAGCUGCUACGGGCGAAGAAAGAAAGGAGUGGAUCAAAGCGGUGCAGGCAGUGUCAAAAAGUGGAAAAUAAAAGGAGCAGUGCAGCUGUGGAAUAUGUGCCAGUCAUAGUGGAAACUCUUGAUUGUAGAAAAGCACAUUUGAAACAUCUAUAAUUAUAUUUAACAGUGUGCAGGCUAAGUACAAUUGAAUUAUUAUCAUAAUGUAGUGCUAAAUCAUUAGCUAGCUAGUUUUACUCCUCUAUACACUAUCAAACUAAUGUUAUGAUGUUUUGUGUAGUAACUAAUUAAAGAGAAAUAAAGUUAAAGUCUAAAGUCUAAAUUUAUAAAGUUUUAUCACCAAUGUCUAAUUUUAUUUUAGUAUACAAAUGAUAUCACAAUACCAUGUAGUGUGGCAAUAUAUUCUUAAAUCAGUAGCACUUUACAUUCCAGCUCAGUCAUUACAAGGUAAUAAGCUAUAUCAGGGUGGCAACAGGGUGGAGUAUUAGUACUAGGACUUAUUUUGCAUAAUAAGUCAAUAUUAUAGCAUAAACAUUAGAGUAACACUGGAAAUCUUGAUGAAAAUAGAACAAACUAUCAGUAGUUACAUGGUAAUAACAAGUAGGCAGUAGGUCUCUGCUCACAAUAAUCUGGUUAUUUCAGGCUUAAAGUCUAUCAAUAAAAAUGUGGUAACAUCACUGUGUAAAAUCAUUUUAGAGACAGUGGUAAUUUGGUUAAUAAUAAUGAUAAUACUACUAAUAAUACCCACACAAUAAUAGUAAUAAUGGUGUAAAGAUAUUUUGGUCCUUAUUACCUUGAAAUAUUAUUAAACUACUGCAGAAAUUAAACCUCAUUAUCAUUGCCAUAAACUAUUAGUUACUGUAUAAUUACAAUGUUAUUACCCAACUGCCCUGUUUUACUCAAGACCCUUUAUUACCUUGGGGUGCUACUGUUAUAUAUUUUCAUGGUCCUAUCUUUUCUCUCAUCCUGGUAUCAUAAAACAUAUUGCAUUGUGUAAAAAGGCAUAUUAUUCUGCCAAAUGUGUUUUUUCUGAUUUCCUCCCUGUUCACUUGUCUUUCUAAAGUCUGCGAUACUUUGAGCUAUCAUACAAGCACACUCAGUUCCUGAGUGUGAACUAAGUCUGAAUCAUAUCUCGCCUUCACAAUUCAGUGUCACUUUGUGGCUUACAGGCCUGCUGCAUCUGUGAGAGAAUUUAUCAGUGACAGAAGUGGCUGCCUUGAGCUAGAGUGUGAUUGCAUUAAAAUACUUCUGUUAAA